AUGCGGCCAGUCUUCUGGGAACGUUCUCCCAUAGCCUUCGCUCCUAAUGGGAGGUUAACGCCUGAUGAAGAUGUCCACUUCAUAAGGACUAAGAGAGAUCUUGGUUCUGGCAAUGUUAUCAUCACUCAACAUUUUAGUGACAAGGUUUUGAGCCCUGGCGAUGAGAUAAGUCUGCAAUGCACUGCCACAGCGGACAAACCUCCACGGUUCAUAUGGGAGAGAGAUGGAGUAGUUAUAUCUCCGAAUACUGAUCAAAGGUACACAUUAGGUCAAAUGAUGUCACCGACAGGAGUCGGAGUGGUGUCACAGCUGAACAUCACAAGAGUGAGAGUUGAAGAUGGAGGCUUAUACUCUUGCUUAGCUUUAGAAGGAGACUCCAAUACCGGACAUUCGUCUAGAAUUGACGUUUUUGGACCUCCUUACAUAAGGACGUUACCACCGAUCAAAGUUCAAAGUGGCGAACCAUUAAAGCUGAGAUGUCCUUACUAUGGAUAUCCUAUCAGCAAACUAGAAUGGGAACACAAAGGAAAGAAGAUUAUCAGCUCAAGUCUUCCCCAACAUUCUAGAUAUAAAAGAACAUACUCAACAACUUCUAGCAACAGUAAGAAUACUAGAAGAAAACGGAAGAAAAGACAGCUCUUUGAGACUGGGGCUGAUGGCGUGCUGAACAAACCAAGAGUGUCGAAGGAAGAAAAUGGAGAUACCUACACUUGUAUUGUGUACAGUCCAUCAGGAGAAAUGGCUAGAAGAUCGUUUGAAAUUCAAGUAGUAGAAGCACCUGAACUAGACGAGUUGCGAGUGGGCAGUGGAUUGAAAGAAGGCCAAAUAGUUCAAAUAACUUGCAACAUUAUCAGCGGUGAUCCACCUAUUUAUUUUUCUUGGCUCAAGGAUGGAAUGAAGCUGCCUGCUAGUUUGAAGAUAACUGAAAGAAGUUCAGAUUUGUUCAGUGUUUUGAUAAUUAAACGUGUAUCGCUAGAACACUGUGGGAAAUAUACGUGUAUAGCAACUAACCAUGUCGGUAAAGUUAACCAAACAGCCGAUCUUUACAUAAAUGUUGCACCAAAAUGGAUAGAAGAACCAACAAACACAUCCUUGCUGUUAGGACAGCGUGGCGUGGUGUAUUGCAACGCAAACGGCUAUCCAACGCCGCAGAUACAUUGGAUGAAGAGGGAUGCAACCCUCGGUAUAUGGAGACCAGUCCUCGACUUGGCUGGCGGUGGAGUGAUGAGCUACCCAAACGGUACUCUCAUCAUUGAAGUGGUAUCUCUCUCUGAUGAAGGAAUGUACGCGUGCAACGUUGAAAACGGAGUGGGCGAUGCACUAAACAAGAAUCUAUGGAUUAGUGUUAAUAAGCCGGUGCACUUUGAGUCUGUGGGCACUAACCUCACUACGAAGAUGGGUCUCCCUGUGACCCUGACCUGCAGACCACUUGGAGACAAUCCCAUCAGAGUCAAAUGGGCACUGGAUGGAAAACCCAUUGAUUUUACUUCGUCAAGAGUCACAAUAUCAGAAACGAUGACUCGCAAUGGACUAAACAGUUUGAUCAACAUUAACUACGUGGAGAGCAGAGACGGAGGGACGUACGAGUGCCGAGCCAGCAACCCUUACGGAGUCGCCGCUUAUAAUGUGCAUCUGGAUAUACUUGAACCCCCAACUCCGCCUCUAGACCUUCAAGUGGACUCAGUGACCAGUAACUCAGUGAAGCUAUCCUGGCGAGACACCAUCAGUACACAUGUGCAGUACUACACUCUCCAAUAUACCACCAAUGACUUCAUGAUGUGGGAUACUGCUAAGAGCAUCAAUAUUACAAGACAAGAGAACGAUGUGCGUCAGAGUAUCGAGCUGAGAGAUCUGCAACCAGCUAUGGACUACAGAGUCAGGAUAGCAUCAGGCAACCAGGUGGACUUGAGUCCUUACACGCAGCCAGUACAUUUCAGUACGCAGCAAGAAGCACCAUCAUCAACACCACUUGGAGUGCAAGUCCAACAGACAGAGAACCCUGGAGAACUGAUCGUAUCAUGGCUGCCACCACCUCGGGAGAGUCACAAUGGACAGCUGCAAGGGUAUCACGUGAAGGCAGUUCCAAGAAUCAGUGGGGAUCCAGUUCCAAAUGACACGCAAACAAAAAUUGUGAAGGUGAUGUCAAGAAAAGGAAAACAGGAAACUACACUUAGUGGAUUAUUGAAAAAUAUGAGAUACGCGGUGUCUGUCAGUGCCUUUAAUUCAGCUGGCAAUGGACCUUUCUCAUUGCCCGUCUACCAAACAACGAGAGAAGGAGCUCCAGAACUACCGCCUUCAGGAGUAGAGUGCAGAGGAGUAUCCUCAUCAUCUUUGAGGAUUGCGUGGCAACCAAUCACAGCUCAGGGGGCAUCGCUUCUUGGGUACUCAGUGUAUUAUAGUACUGAAGAUGGACCCUGGCAGAAUAUGAGCUCUUCACACACAGAGCUGUAUCUUCAAGCUUUACUAAAGUACACGAACUAUACAGUGAAAGUAGCUGGCUUCUCGAACUAUGGAUUGGGACCAUUCUCGUAUCCCAUCGUUUGUACUACGUUGCAGGAUGUUCCCGGUCCACCAGCAGCUAUUAAAGUCUUGGUAUCGUCGCCCACCUCACUCCUCGUCAGUUGGAAGAGGCCAGAGGAAGCAAAUGGAGACAUCUCACAUUAUACCGUUUAUGUUAAACCAGUAUCCAGCACAAGCUCACCGCAGAAUUACAGAGUGGAAUCCACACAAGAGACAAAUCUCCGACACCUCACGUUUCCAGUAUCAGGUCUAUCCACAGGAAGGCAGUACGAAGUAUUUGUCAGAGCACAUACGGCUGUUGGAGAAGGCACCCCAAGCAAUAGGGUUCAUAUUGAUUUAACUUCUAAAGUGGUAGCCGGCGUGGCCUCAUUAGGGGGUCCUGUAUCAGUAGGAGUGGGCAGUUCCCUGCUGCUGGUGUGCCAGUGUGUGGGCGCGCCGCCGCCGCGCACCGUGUGGUACCACAAACACAACAUCAUCACGCACCAUCCCAGGUUCACCAGGAACCAUGAUGAUAGCCUGCUCAUUAAUAAUAUUGACCAAUCUCUAAGCGGCAAUUACACCUGCUUAGCGAAGAACCUGUACGGUUCUGACUCAGUGUCUUACGAGGUGCUAGUACUGCCUACUCCUGAGCCCCCGAGCUUAAGGGUGACGUCACAUAAGAAUGCGAUACACCUGCAGUGGGAGCUACCAAGGAAGAUUGGUGGGAAGUCGCAGAAAAUAAGUUACAAUCUAACUUGGAAGGAAGCGAAUGGUUCUUGGCAGGACGCAUGGUCAAGCAAGGGAACCUCUCUCCAAGGCACUCAGGAGUAUACCCUGCAGGGUUUGAAAUGUGGCACUAAAUACUCUUUGAGAAUGACUGCAGCUAAUAGUGUGGGAUCAUCACAGCCGACUUAUAUGGAUGCUACUACUUUGGGGGGAGUACCAAUAUCACCAACCAGUACUGAGUGGUUCUGGAGUAACGCCACCCACAUCUACAUACAGCUGAGUGGGUGGGAUGACAACGGGUGUGAGAUCACCAGGUUUGACGUGGAAUACAAGGAGUAUGGUAGCAAGACGUGGAGGAAGGCUGAAAAUAGACUGCCUUCAAUAGACCAGGCAUGGAGCCACUACGUACCAUCUUCAAUCCUCGCUCAGCCCAAUUCAUUUGUACUAGCAGAGCUGGUACCAGCUCAGUGGUACCAUGUCAGGGUCACUGCUGAGAAUGCUGCUGGUAUCUCCACAUCUAUGUAUAGCUAUGCUACCACUACUGUGCAAGGAGAAUCAGUGGGACCACCAUCAGAUUUCUUCGAUCUGAACAUGCUGGUCAUCAUUUGCAGUUCUAUACUUCUCAUGAUUUGUUCGCUGACUUGCGUUUACAUACUCGUGAAGAGGCAUAAUCACCAGCACCUAACAGAAUAUAGAAACUCUCUAACAGCAGAAUGUAAGUCAGAGCGCAGUAACAUGACUGUGAAUACACCGCAAAGUGUGCCUAGUGACAUGAACAAUAGGGUCUAUAGUACACCUGUACAUCUCACAGCUGAGAAUAAACAUGAAUUGUAUGAGAUAAGUCCAUAUGCGCAGUUCGCAAUAGGCUUCCGAACGUUUGGUCACGUGGACAACCAAGAAGUGCCAAAUAGAGUGCAUCUACCUGGUAAUAGCAAAUCAAGAUAUGAUAGUGAAACAAGUUUUCAAAUGCGAUCCGAGUCUGAAGAGAGUGACUGCGUAUCGCGGACAACUACAUUGAAAAGUGUACCAAGAAAAGCCUGCAGAGUACCACACCACAGGUAGCUGAAAAAAAUAACAGGAUAGUAGAUAAUGAGUUGUAGACAAUUUUUAUAAUGGUUGUGUUCAUAUCAACAUAAUAACUUACUGUGUCAUAUAAACUAAGGUUGUAUGUUUAUUUAUAUCACUUUGAAAUAGUAGUAUAUGGAAAUUAAUAACGAUUUGUAUGAGUUAAGUAGCAGUUUGUAAAUUAAUGACGGUUAUUAGAUUUUAAAUUAUUACGUUAUGCAAUCAAUUGCAUAAUUGAGUGUUGAUUGAGUAUUCAAUUGCAUAAUUGAGUUUGAUUAAGUCAAUCAUGACUGGAAAAGAGUUUAAAUAAUUGUCAUAAAUUCUGUUAGCGAAUAUUUUUUUUAUUUUUUAUGUGAUUGUAUAUAUUUUGAAUUGUUGCGUUUUUUACAAACUGCUACUAACUUCAACUAUAACAGUCAAUAAAAUAUAAUAAUUAUAAAAAUAGAUUUGUUAUAUAAAUAAUUAAAUCUAGUCAACGUUUUUGAUCUCACUCUACCGUAUUGUAACUAUUUAAAAAGUUUUAAAUUUUUGUUUUAAAAUCCAUUUUAUGAAAAUGUUGAGU